AGGAUAGGGGAUAGUAAUUACUCUCUCCCUUCAUUUUUACUUAUCUUUAAUUAUAUAUAUUUAUUAAAAAAUAAUAAAUAAAAUACAUAAUUUAUUAAUAUAUUCAUAUUAAUUGAUGUAUACUUUUAUUAAAUUUGAAAAAUAAUUUAAAGUAAGUAUUUAAUAAUUAAUAUUAUGAAUAAAAUAAAAUAAUUUUUUUUUUAAUAUGCUAAAAGUAAAAAAUUAUUUUUAAGAAUAAGUAAAAGUGAACGGAAUGAAUGGUUCAAGCAAAAGGUUCCCUGUUAGACGUUUCCUCCUAGUUUCCAAGCAAAAAGUCCCUGUUUAGACUUUUCAAAACCAAAAAGCAAAAAAGAAUUGCAGCACGUUCUUGACUUUUCAUUCUACCUUCCAUUGUUCCUCCCUCCAUCACUAGAGAGAACACCAAGUUCAUCAAAGCAAAGGAAGUGAUGGUCGGUUUUGAAACAGAGACUGAAAUGCUGAUAGAGCAACUUGUGACAGGACCUCGGGAAUUAGAUGUGAUCUCAAUUUUUGGAAUGCCAGGACUAGGCAAAACAACUUUGGCUAAGAAAUUGUAUGAUCAUGAAGCAAUUUCCAAUCGCUUCGAUAUUCACAUGUGGUGUUGUUCUUCCCAAUCUUAUGAUAAUAGAGCUCUCUUGUUUCAAUUAUUGGGUCAUAUUUCUGAGCUUGAUGAUAGUACCAAAAAAAUGAGUAAUGAUGAACUAGCUGAGAAGCUAUACAAACAUUUGAAGAGAAAGAGGUACCUUGUUGUUGUGGAUGACGUGUGGAGUUCUGAGGCAUGGGAUGAUAUAAAGAGACCUUUUCCAGAUGAUGAUAAGGGAAGUAGGAUUAUUUUGACAACCAGACUUGAAUCGAUCGCUUCAUAUGCCAUGAUCUCAUCGAGUCCUCAUCACCUUCGUUUGUUCACAGAAGAAGAGAGCUGGAUGUUACUGAAGGAGAAGGUAUUUAGAGAAGGUGAUUCUCCCCAAGAACUCGAGGGGAUAGGUAAGCAAAUAGCGAUAAAGUGUGGAGGAUUACCCCUAGCAGUUGUAUUGGUAGCUGGUCUUCUUGCAAAACACGAUCACAAGGAAGUAAUUUACUGGGAAGAAGUAGCUGAAAGUUUGAAAUCAGAAAUGAAAGAUUACAUGGACAUAGUUGAACCGAGUUACAAGGACUUACCCAUUCAUUUGCAAAAAUGCUUUCUCUACUUUGCUUCAUUUCUGGAGGACCAGAAAGUUCCAGUCAAAAAACUGAUAAGACUAUGGAUCGCGGAAAAUUUUGUUGAAACCUGUACUACAUCGAGCAGCUUAGAGUUGGUUGCGAUGGAUUAUUUGAUUGAUUUAAUUAGCAGGAACCUAGUAAUGGUAGCAAAAACAGAUUCCUUAGGGGAGGUCAAAGCCGUCCAUAUUCAUGAUUUAAUACACGAAUUCAGUCGGAUGAAAGCUAAAAGUGGAAACUUUUUGCUGAGGAUACAUAAUCAGUUUGUGAUUAUAUUUCCAUCUUCCCAAGGGAGGUCUGGACUUCUGAAUAUCGUAGAACCAACUAUUGGAGUUAGUUCUGGAGAAAAUAUCACCACAUUACGUUUCAGUCCCAGUGUAAAUUCUCCUUUGGUUGAUUUAGAUUUGACUGGAUCCUGGAAGCACCUGAGAGUAUUAGAUUUGAGUUCCGUAAACCUGUGUAAGACACUUGUAUAUGCAUUACAAUAUCUGAUUCAUUUGAAGUAUUUGGAGCUGCAGUAUCCUGAUUACAUUCCGUAUCAAAUAUGCAACCUAAAGGAGCUAGAGACAUUUAUAGUGACCGGAAUCUAUCGUAAAGACUGCAUUCCAAAUUCCAUUUGGGAUAUGACAAGCUUGGAGACAUCUGCAUUUAACUUGUCUAUAUACGUGGCAACUAUUAGAGGAUCUUGACAACUUGAAAACAUGUUCCGAUCUGGUUAUUAAUUCUGGAGAGUAUUACCAGAAAUUUAUGAAAAGAUUACCCAGUCUUGAAAAGCUCAGCUGUCGAUUAUAUAGAACCUCUUAUAGAAAUUUCUUUCCUGCUUUUGACUCUCUCAGACAACUCAAAUCUCUCAAGAUUGGUGUCUCUGAGCUUGUGCCAGCAUUAGAUCCUUAUGGUUUUGAGGACUUUACGUACCCAUCAAACCUCAAGAAAUUAACUUUGGUAAAUCUUAAGCUCCCCUGGAGUAAAAUUUCAACCAUUGGCAGAUUGCCCAACCUUGAAGUUCUGAAAUUAGAGCAACAUGCUUUCAAAGGGAGACAAUGGGACGUUAACGACGAGGACUUUCCUAACCUUAAAGUCUUGAAACUAAUGGAUCUAGGAUUCUCAAAAUGGACUGCAUCUGAUGACUCAUAUCCCAACCUACAACAAGUACUGAUGCAAAGUUGUUGGAACCUAAAAGAAAUUCCUGAAAGUUUCGGGAGCAAGUGUACAAUGCAACUGAUUGAGGUAAGAUCAUGUCCCUCUAUUGAAAGCGCUGCCCUGGAAAUUAAGGAAAUGCAAAUUGAGGAGAUGGGAAAUUCGGAAUUCAAGGUCAAUAUUUGGAAGUGGAAAUCACAAAUCUUCAACGAAAGGGUUGUUUAGUUCGGUUUCUUUGUCUUGUAUGGUAUGCAAGGUCCUCCUUUAAUUGGCUUGAUCUGAGAGUUCAAUCCCUACCAUUAGGUUGUCUAAUACAAGAGUUUUCCUUAUAAUAAGACAGACUCCUCAAGCUCAGAUAUAUAGAGAUUUUGUUUUAGUUCAGUUGAUGCUGUCUUUAUCUUUAACUACUCAUUGUCCUGAGUAGAUGUUUUGUGAAUGAAAGAGCGAGAAGAAGGGGAGAUAGAUCAAGUGUCAUUUCAACACUUAAUGUGCUAUUAUUAUGGGGCCAACUACAAGCUACAUUAAAUUGGUGGGAGAGACUCCAACUGUGAGGUAGAUGAUGUGGUUCCUUUUACAGAAACUCUAAUUCAUGGGAGGUUGGACAAAUUAUGAUUAGAAAAAAAUAAGUUAUUUGAAGUAGUUUUGACAUAUGAUCAGAAUUUUAGGUUGAAGAUAUAUUGUUUCUUAUGCAUAUUGACCUUACGAUUUUUAUUUCUAGAGAGACAUUUAUUUUGAUCACAUAUUAGUAUGUGUUUGACUUUUAAUCAAGGAGAUGGAUAUAUAAGAAUAAAAUGACUUAAUCUGUAGGUAAA